AUGCACGCAGCCACAUCCGGAAAUAAUACAAAUUCACCGAAAGCAUCUAGCAGAGAGGAUUCUCGCCGCAUUGCUCGCGUACAUUUCAACCUUUUAUCAGAAUUCUUAGACACGCAUUUAAGAAAGGAGUCUCACUCUUCUAGAACUUCUGCCAGAGACAAGCUCACCAGGCUUACGCGUCAGCAAUUUCAGGAAUUGUCCACCGAUGUCUUUGACGAGCUGCAGAGGCGCUUUGACGGCGAAGAAGAUUCAACCCCGCGCUCUAGUAAAUCUGACAGCAUAGACAAGACUUCUGCAACCCCUUACCUCCCCACAAAAGCCGAAUUUCAUCCCAAGCGUAACCAGGCCAGGCAAAAACUUGCAACUCUCCCAAAGACGCGUUUCAAGGAUCUGGCUUCCGAUGUCUACUUUGAACUUGUUAGGAGAUAUCCUGAGUUAAUGGAUGAGCAGGAACAGAAGGUCGAUAAGAACAAGGUCGAUGAGCAGCUUGUCGAUAUGGAAAUUGAGUUUGGCGGUGAAAAUCUCAACUCUACCGAAAAGCACAACAGCAUUCAAUCUUCGCGUAAAUCUACAAACAGCUUAUCAAACGUCGAUCCAUUUAGGGAUCCAAUUGAGCGUAAUCAUGCCGGUAAUGAGGCCUUGUUUGUUCAAAACACAGAAUCUGCGGGCGCAGAUCUCAAAAGAAAUAGCUCUCUGGCUUCAACAUCAUCCUUACCAUUCACUAAAUCGACCCCGAGGCACUCAACCUUAUCUGUAUCUGUUCUCCAAGAAAAAAACGAACAGCCAGAUCUGCCGCUUCCCCCUACGAUAGACCGUAGUCGCUACAGCCACGACGGUCUAAGGGUGGACAGCAUAGACGACGCAGGCGAAAGAAGCACUCGUAGUAUUAGCUACAGCUCUGUACCAGACACUAAUACCCACAUUACCCACCUCGAUUCUUUCGCCAACACAGAUUCCCAUCAACCAUCUAUUCCCGAAUAUGACAAUUCAGCAGAGGACUUUGAACCUCCACAAUCCACUAAUCAAAGUCUAUCAAUCGCACCUGACACUGACAAUCAUAGUAAUCAGCACAAAACGGCUUCUUCAUCUUUCUUCAACGACGCUUCACUGAAUGAUUUCAAGGAGUCGUUGGAGAAUGAUAUGAGAAAUGAAUCUAAAAGAGACUUUGUUAGUGACUCUAACAAGAAGGACGUUGAAGAGCACCAAGAACAGCCAGAGCACCUCGAGCAUUCACGGGAUGAAAGCCCACCCAGAGAAGAACAUGUUGAUGGAGGUACUCCGCCACUCUUCUAUCCUCCGCCUAGACCCGCAGCAGCAGCCUCUUCACCUCUUCGCAUGGCAUUUGAUAGCGGUGAAGCAGACAGACUGAAACUCAAUUUUGCACAUAAGGAGUCAAAGUUUGAGAGAGAAAGGGAUGAACUUAAGAGUCAUGUUGGACGGCUGAUAGAGGAGGUCAAAAAUCUCAGCGAAAGAGAAGAGUCUCACUAUAUGGCUGAGGAGCAAAAUAGAGAUUACAUCCACUCUCUUGAAAUACAGCUAAAGGAGCUCAGAGAUAGGUUUGGUCUGGUUAAGUCAGAGCUAGAUAGGUUCAAGCGUUCGAGUGGGCUGCAGCCGCCAUUGCCUGAUAACAAUGCCGCCAAUAUAUCAAUAAACGAACAUGGUGCAAUUGCAUUCGAGUCGCUUACAGGGCUGCAGACUGCGAUUGAUGAUCUCAUUGUUGCUGGUAGAUCUACAUCUCCAUCACUCGUCCUGAACGUCAUGAAGCCAAUCGUCGGCUUUGUUAUAUCGAUACAAAGCGAUACUGAAACGUGGCAAAACAGCGCUGGAAAGGCAGAAAGGGAUCGUAUCAAUGUACCGAAAGAAAGAUUGAUCGCUACGCUAGACAAUAUGAUGACAGCGACACACAAUCACGCAAUGGGUGGUGGACUUUCGCCAAUCUCACUGCUCGAUGCUGCAGCGUCUCAUGUUGCAAUGUCAGCAAUAGAACUGGCAAAGCUAAUAGGUUUAAGAAGGCCGUUAUCAGGCUCGACGGAUGAAGAGAUGGUGGAGGACGAGAAUGUUGAGAGAUCAUGGGAUGAGUGCAAGAAAGAAGUCGAGGAGCACUCCAAUAAAGUUACAGCAAUGAUAGAGCAUGUCUUAUCCUCUUCCCGACAACACCGCAAUACUCGGCUACCAGACUUAAGCAGUUACCUCAACCAAAUCAUAUCAACUACAUCGACAAUAACGAUAAUAUGCCAGCGUGUCAAGGAAUCGAAUGAUAUCUAUAGGAUAGAAACUAUAGCCAACAACCUAUCAAACUCUAAUUCAGUCCUAUGUGAAUACUCGGGAGAUGAGAUCCUCGAAGGAGAUACACGCAAAAGGCUGCUAUCGACAAUGAUAUCAGUCGCAAGUAAUUUAAAAGAUUUAAUCAGACCAACGACUGCACCAGAUGGAACAGUAUCUGCCGUUGACAGCGAAAGCGGAGACAUAGUCGAGCAAGGCUCGGCGACAGAUGGUGGUUCUGACGUAGCAGGAAAGCUUUUUGGAGCUUUUUCGCUCAUAAUCGGUCUUAUUUUAGCGACGAUUGGUCUACGUCAGCGCUGGAGAGUCGGUCCAGGUUUUAACAUUGGCUUGAUUGCUGCUAUGAUCAUAUGGAUCGUUUUUAUUGACAAUAUUGGUAGAAAUAGCUUAUCAAACACCGAAAAAGGCUCUGAUAUCAUCAUAUUUGUUGCAACCGCGGUGGUAUUUUUAGUAGUAACGCUAGUGGUUGUUUUAGCACGCGGUGUCAAAGUUGGUCUCGCUCUUUACGCUCCCGUUGGAUUCACCGCUCUCGGUUUUCUUGCAACGCUUUUGAUUCCUUCUAAAGCUUCAGAAGAUCUAUGGCCCCGCGCGCUUCUUGUUGGUCUCCUGGCUGGUAUCGGAUUGGCUUCAUUCUUUUUCAAACAGACCAGAAGAGCAGGACAGGCCCUUGGAAUAUCUUGGACAGGUCUCUUCUUGUUCUUCUUGGGUAUCGACGUUCUUGUUGAAUCUCCAGAUGGGUUCAGCUUGGGACUUCGCAAGUUCUUCGAUGGCAAUAUACACCAUUAUGUCGAACUUGAACGACCAUAUGAGCUCACAAUACCGACAAUUGUUAUGAGCGUGAUUGCUAUAGCUUUGGGGCCAUUCGUUGCCUUGGCUCAGCACAAACUGCACCCAUCGCCAGAACACCAAUGGGGCACAGAUGAAGACACUAAUUCUGAAAAACGUUGGACGAAGAAUAGUCGCUACAGACCUUCCCUUCCCGCUGCUACAGGAGUGAUACACUACGGAGGCAGAAGUGAAACAGCAUCGACUGCGUCGUCGAUGACCUCGGUGAAAAAACCACAAAUGUCUCAGAGACCACCACCGCCUGCUCGAGUUAGAACUAGGUCCUCAGCUAUGACAUUUGACAAGGUCGUUGAAAGUCCUCUGGAAGGAGACUUUGAAGGUGUACAGAAGCUGGGAUACGCUAGUGGAGCAAGCUCUGACGACUCGCAUGGUAACUCCUCGAACGAAAAGUCGCCUGUCGAGCCUGUUGUGGUUGAAUUGAAAGAUAGCGAGGCUAAGAAAGACAAGGAGGAUGAUCAUAUGAAGAAAGAAAAUGUGAAGGCUGACGAUGUCGAAUCUAGUGAGAGUAGUGAAGAAGAAGAACACUCAACAUACUCGCAUUCGUCGUACUCACCAACAAAGCGUGAUUUAUCGAUACUUACGAAAUCAAAAUCACUCGCUCCGUCUCAGGUACCUUUGUCUCAAGCACAACUAGCGUCUCAAGCACAGCUGGCUCAGACACAAGCAGCUCAACUAGCUCAGACGCACGCUCAAUUUGCAGAUUCUAACAAUCAGCUGAGCAGUGGUAUUACACCAUCUCAAUCAAUGCCCGAAUCGAAAUCGCGCGAUCAGUCGCUAGCCUUUUCGCAAUCAAACGUCUUCCCAGAAUCACAGAUAUUCUCAACGAGAACAGAUUCCAUGGAAAAACCAUCAGCAUCAGAAGAUGCAGCAUUGCAAGCAGCAGCAACAGGUGCAAGACAAAGACCAGCGGCACAGAGGACAUUUGAGGACCCAGUGCUGUAUGACAGCUAUGAUGCUAUAAGCAAACUGGAGAGACAUUUGUCGAUGAUAGUCGAAGAUAGAGCGACAGAGAAUGACCUGAUGAGCCAAAUGCCAGGAUCACCAUUCACAGGACCAGCACCAAGAAGAGAGAGCGUGGCAUCGCCAACAAAGUUAGUGGAUUCACCCAGUAUGUUGACAGAAAGUGCGACAUUUUCACCUAUACAAUCAAACACGAAUAUCAACGGAGUAACGCUAACAGAAGCUUUAACGGAUGAACCACGUGACGAUAGACUUAAGGAGAGUAUGGACGCAGUCAGUUUACAUCCUAGUCUAAUCGAUGAUGACGAUUUUAAUGUAAUUUACAAGUAUAGCAACGAUAACAAGAUCUAG